CUUCCUCCUCCUCCUCCAACUCUUCCUUUCGCUGUCCCAGCCGUUCCCGCUCGUCCGUCGCCGCUCCUCUCUUCUCCCUCCCGGCUCCUUGCAUUUUCUUUCGACUGGACACUGGGAACGGCCUUCUCCCGCCCGAGGCGCGCCGCCUUCCUUUUUCUCAAAUCUGUCCUCCCCUUCGUGAGGCUCUCCGAAUGUCCUUUGACUACUCGGACUUUGAUAUCGAUGAACUUCUUGAGGGGGACUUGAGCUCGCUGAACGCGCUGCCGGAGGUCGAUGCUCCGGCGGCCCGCCUGGCCCUCGGGCAGUCGCAGCUGGGGACGCCGCUCGGCUCGGCUCUCAUGACGUCCCAAGCGCAACCGCCGGCCACCACUCGACCGGCGGGCGGCUCGGCACUCGAGAGCUUCUUCGCUUCGGCCGGAUCAAGCAGCGCCGGAAGUGCCUUGCCUCGGGCAAUUGGUCAAAGCCAGGGUGCCACCUCAUCCCAGGCGGCACGCGAUCCGACGGCCGCCGGGUUACUCGAUCUCUUUCGCCCGGCUGCCCCUCGGGGUGGCCUCGCCACCGGUGAUCGCUGGAUGGCUGGUCAAUCGCAUCCCGCGUCAGGCUCUGCCCCUGGUCCGUCCUCAUGGACGGCAAUGGAAGCCACCAGGCACUCGGCUGGGGACCUUUCCCCCGCUUCGGGGCUGGAUCUCGCUCCGAACCCGGAGUCGGAACCCUCCCCGAGUCCAGACCCACCAUUCUCCCGCAGUCCAGACCCAGAGCCCAGCCCAAGUCCGCCCAUGGACUUUGCGCAUCGCUCGUCGCACGAUCUCCCCACAAGCGACGAGUCUCUCUCGGCACUUGCUCCCAGCCCGACACACUCCUCCAGGGUGGAGCCUCAUCCCAGGGCGGAGCCGCCAGUUGAAGCCCAACCGCCGCGCAAGACUGCUCGUUUGGAGCCCGGGCCCGGGGUAGUGCCCUCUCCUCCCUUGCAGGCAGGUCCUCAAUCGAAUCCCCUCAGGGCCUCCUCUCCGUCAGUCACCUUUCAGGAGGGCCCAGUGACACCGGGACCGGGCAGUUCGGCAGCACCAUCGGCAGCACCAUCGGCAGCACCAUCGGCAGCACCAUCGGCAGCACCAUCGGCACGCGUGAGCCCGCUGCUUGAGGCAGCGGCCGCGGCCGCGGCGACCGGUGGCCGUGUCACUCCCGGGCCUGUGGGCUCGUCUGCACGUCCUACUGGGUCCUUGGCCCCGACCCCAGGUUCGGGCCCGACCCGGUCGCGGGAUUCCCCCCUCCGUGUCCCGGGGCCGGCGGGCCUGCUGAAGUCCCUGUCCAAUGCGCAGAUGAUCCAGCUGAUCAGCCUUCCGCACCUGGACCAGAUGAUGGUCUCGGUGCGUAAUGGCUCGGAGCUGAUGGUGACCAUGCCACAUUCGAGCACGCUGCGCUCUUCGCGCCUGACCCUUGGCCAACGGGCGGCCGGGUCGCCGAGCAACAUCGGCGGUGACCCGACAGCCGCCGCCAUGUUGGCCGGCGCGCGGUCUCCCUCGCCGGCCGGCCGGCCAGGCGUAUCCCUCUUGGCCGACGGCGAGGAGGGCGAGGAAGAGGAUCCGGAUGCCCUGCUUCUGGCAUCGCUCUCGGUAGACCCAUCUUCAGUGCUCCCAGGGCUGGCACGCGGCCCAUCCACCACGGCCACGGACUUCCCAGCUUGGCAUGAUCUUGUCGGGCGUCUGACCACCGAGCCGGGCCUAUCCCGGCGGCUGGGGCUCCCAUCGGUGGAGCAGCUGCUGGAGGAUGGCAGCCCUGUGGCCGCCGGGCUGGCUCCGCUCCUUUCCUUGGCCACGCAUCCGGACUACCUGAUCGCGGUGCUGGAAACAUUCAAUCGAUCCUCCCGCAGCGCGGGGCCCGGGUCCGUGGGGUCGGAUGGCUCGGUGCUGGGCACGCGCCCCCCGGAUAUCGGCUCCCGGCGGGAUCCACAUCACUCACCGUCGGCCAUUGCCACCCUGCUGGACCACCAUGGCCAGCGCAUCACGGCCAUCAUCGAUCCGCAGUGCUUCGCCGAGGGGGCCCAGCAGGCCGACUUGCAGCCGGGCAGCGCGGUGCUCCUCCGGCGACCGGGGGUCCUGCGCAUCGAACGCCCGAGCCUGCUGAUGCCGGUCCCUGCUCGGGCCGGGGCCACGGAGUCUCCCCGGCAGAUGGAGCUCCGCCGGGAGGCCGGGCUUUCUGGGAUGUCGGCCGGCGCCGCGGCCAUUGCUCCCCACGAUCCCGGGGGGCUGCUGGAUCCGGAUGAUCCGGGCACGCUGCGCCUGAGGAAGGCCGUUCGCGCGGCCUGCGUCUACUUGAAUGUUCUCGCACGGAAUGUCCUCCUGGUGGCUGAUCCCCCGCCAGCACCUGCACCCGGGCCUUUUCCACAAGAUGGGCCUCUGGGCACACUAACCCAGCCGCAGCCGACGCAGUUGCAACAGCAACAACAACACCCGCACCCGACACAGCCCCAUCAGCAACCCCAUCAGGCGCCCGGGACACCGCGGCGGCCCUCACGCCGUGUUGGCCCGGACUCGGCCGCCCCAGCCGACGAUGAUCCCUUCCGAGCGCCGCUCCCCCCGGCGACCGUGGCUCAUGGCCACGCCCAGGCCAAUCGGCCAGACUCCUCGGGCCCCCACCCGGCGGACUUCGGAUCGUGGAACUCGCAGCUUCUCCCGACCAGCCGCCAGACGGCAUCCGCGCGCGCGGCCCCCUCGCCCCUGCACCCAGACCCGGGCCCCGGCGGCCCGCCCCAGCCGGCCAGCGCCCCUCUCCCACGCUUCCCGCGGGGCGGCGGGGCGGCCCCUCCCCCAGGACGCUAUUCCGACUCCGAGCGGCGCAUUCUCCAAUCCAAGGGUGCUGUCGGCUUCGGCACUGGCAGCAGCAGCUCUGGCGGCUUCGGCGGCAGACGCUGA